CCUGACUUACUUAUAGUGUUUAUCCUCCAGACUCUGAAAAGGUACCAGCGGCACUUCAAGUAUCUUUAUAAAUAUACAUUUUACUUUCAAUAUUUGAGUAAAGCACGUGUGGCACUUGAAAACAAACAAAACACGACCAGAUUUCAUAUAUGAAUAUACAAAUACAAGUCCACAGGAAUCUUCAUAAUGGAGAAAUUUGGUAACCUUGACUUUCUUCAAUUGUUACAUAGUAUACUUAAUAAUACGGCUUUGUCUUUAAUAUGAUAUACUAUACUAUGGUACCCAAACUACAGUUAGAGGGUACAGGAAAGCAUCAUGCAAUUUUUUGUUACCAUAUCACUAAAAUGUAUGUUGAUGUUGUCCACCUUCAUAUUAUUACACUUGAACAAAGCUAUUCUUUUAGUAUAGCCCUAAUCUACUGGACUAUGUAAAUUAAAAAUACAGAGAGGUAAUGUUACUUUGCAGGACAGAGCGUAUCAAAAUCAACACAGCCAUUAAAUACUUGAUAGUCAUUCUUACAAUAUAUAAAUUUUAUCAACAAAAAUUAUGAUAAAAUUUUAAGGGGUAAAACAACAUUUAUUAUUGUGCUAUAAGACCUUCACAGAACCUCAAAGUUUAUAUGUGAAAGGGAAGUAAUUCAGGGAAAAUCUGUUCUUUUCUAAUAACAUAAGGUCCACAUAAAAAGAAUGUAAUCAUUUGUUAGUUUAUUAAAUCUUUAAAUGUAAUAUAAUAAUCGAAUCAAUAUGUAUAACGUAGAUGUUAACUCCGCUUCAUGUAAUUUGUGUAAAUUAACAGUAUUUAUUUCUUACUACGACUUUAGCAUCAAUCUUAUGUAACUUGACCCAUAGUUACGAUUUAGUUGGAGCUCAAUGUUUAAAGAACGGCUAAGAAUAUUGUUUCCUAAUUUAACCAUUACAAAAUCUUUGUCGGAGUCUUAUUUACACAUCUCCCUCUCUCUCUAUAUAUAUAUACUAUAUAUUAUAUAUAUAUUAUAUGUAUAUUUAUAGGCUAUAUAAAUAUAUAUACUAUCCUAUAUACCCAGUAUUGCAUUCGGAAAAAAAAACAUCUUAUUCAGCCUUUGGGAUCCCGAUCCCCAAAGGGACCGAAUGGGAUCCCAUUUCAAAAUGGAAUUAAGUUUCCCCGAGGAAUCCUAACCUCGUUUCAAUCCAGAUAAUGGUGUGAUCCAGAUUGAUGUCGGUUUCCGAUUACGUCAAGAUUCAGCUUCUUGAUAGGGUCCAGAUACUAGUGGGCUCUCAAUCCCUAUGUGAUCCCAUUUCCUGGUGGUAUCUCGUUCCCGUUACAUUCCUGAUCCCGGUUUGAUUCCGAUCACGUUUGAAUUCCGAUCCUGGUUGGAUCCCGAUGGUUUUCCAAUCUCGUUUGGAUCUCUUUCCCAUCGGUAUCUCGAUAAUACCUAAAGUGUUUCAUCAAUCAUACAUUUUAUACACUAGAAAAGCUUUAUUUUCAUUAACAUUUCUUAUCACUUAAACUAGAUUAAAUAUUUUGCCUUUACCAAAAUAAAACUGUUGUUGUUCGUCCGUAGAUUUCGACUAGGACCAUCGGGUCAUCCAAAGGUUAGAGGAGGUUGGGUUACGGUGAGCUCGUAGGUGGCUUGCUGGACCGAUCCGUGCUCGGAAAAAUCUUUGGCACCACGGGCAGGGGAUGGUUGCUUCAACGGUGACCUAAUGUUGCUCUUUCGUGGCAAGCCUGCGCGUCUCAGCUGUGGAUAUCCUAUUAGUUUCAUGGGAUUUAGCCCCCUUCUUGACAGAAGCUCUCCUCCUGGCUCGGUCCUGGGAUUCUGCACCCAUUGAUUAGGGUUUAUGCUGAAGGCCUUUAGUGCCACUUUCAGUCAGUCUUUGUAACGCUUUUUUUGACCUCCUAGGGAGCGCUCUGCUGUCGUGAGUUCUCCGAAGGUAUCAGUUUUGGGAGCCGGUGGUCUUCCAUACGGGCUACGUGUCCCAUCCAACGGAGCUGAGACUGCAUCAGAGUGGUGAAGAUACUAGGUAGGUUCACUCUGGCGAGGACCUUGGUGUCGGGGACUUUGUCUUACCACCUGAUGCCGAGAAGUUUCGUGAGGCAGUUUGUGUGAAAAUGAUUCAGUUUUUUAGCGUGACGCUGGUAGACUGUCCACGUUUCACAUCCAUAGAAUGUCGGAAGGACUGUGGCGCAAUAGACCUUGAGCUUUGUUUCUCAUCUGAUACCUCUCCCUGUUUCAAACCGUGCUACGGAGCCUGCCAAAUAUGGCACUAGCUUUUGCGAGUCUGCUUUUCAUUUCAUUAUCCAUGACGACAGAUCUAGAGAGGGUGCUGCCCAAGUAACUAAAGUUAUCCAAAGGGUUGAGACGCUGUCCACUGAUGAUGAUGUUGGGUUCAACGUAGGGCUUACUGGGAGUUGGCUGAUACAUCACCUCAGUCUUUUUGUGUUGAUUGUGAAGCCAAAGUUAUUGCAGGCCUCAGAGAAGAUAUCAACGCUGUGUUGCAUGACGGAUUCUGGGGGAGCGUUUAGGGCACAAUCGUCUGCAAACAGAAGCUCGUUGAUCGUGGUAUGUUUGACCUUAGUUUUAGCUUGAAGCCUCCUAAGGUUAAAUACUGAUCCAUCGGUGCGAAACCGGAUUGGCAAGCCACGUGGUGGAGUCCUUGAACGCAUCAGAGAGCAUUGCAGAAAACAUAAUCCUGAAGAUGUGGGAGCAGGAAUACCACCUUGCUUUACACCGUUUGUGACGGGGAAUUCUUGAGAUGGUUGACCGUUGUUCUGCACUCGGGCCAUCAUGCCAAUCAUGUAGCUGAUGGAAGAUGUUGGUGAACUUGUCUGGGCAACCGUACUUCUUCAUGAUUUUCUUUCCUCAGGUCACCUCUAUUGACCCUGUCAAAGGCCUUAUUCAAGUCGAUAAAUGUAGAAUAUAGUUCAAUAUAUUUUUUCCUGGCAUUUCUCUAAAAAGCUGUCUAGCAGCAAACACCAUAUCGAUGGUUCCACGUUUUUUUGCGGAAACCGCAUUGAAUAUUAUUUUAGUUAAAACUCUUAAUCAUUGGACUUUUCGUCUGAAUUUAAAUGCAACAGAUACCAAUAAUAAACAUUGUAAACGAAACAUAUUUAAAAAAAAACUCUUUCAUUCUGUAAUAUAAUAGUUUCAAAUAAAAAUAAAUUAGAUAUUUAUCUGAAUGAUUUUUAAAGUAGCCACAAUCAUAGGGAUAACUAAAAUGACUCCUUUUAGAAUGGAGAUUCUACUUCACGUUAAGAUUUAAUCCUUCAUAGAUUUGACAUUGGUGAAUAUAUUAUUUCGAAAUAAGACAUCUAAAAAAAAAACCCAGAGAUUUGUCUUUAUAUCAGGAUUAUCGGCUGUGUCACAGCUUGAAUAUUAUCUGAAACGAUGAUAGGAGCAGAUUCAAUGUUCACCUGAGUUACUAUCAAUAAAUCUGACUUUUUAUUGGGGAAUUCAAAAGUAUUACUGGGACUGGAGUUAAGAGUUUUUGUCACGACCCACAAUUUACGUGUAUGCCGAUAACGAUCAGAAAGUUUAAAAAAAAACCAAAAAAACUCGAGCAAGCUGGGUAUACCAGCUAGCUAGUGUACGUUAUACUAAAAAAAACUAACAUUAUAUCUUUACUUAGCAAGGGAUGAAUACAUUAUGUCAUUUCAAUAACAAUUUUGUUGUUAUUGAUUAUUAAACGAAAAAAAAAAAUAAAUUAAUUCAGCCAUUUUACAUCUUUUUUUUUUUAAAGCCAUUUUUUUUAUCUUAACAAUGUUUAAAGCUAAAUUUAUUUUUAAAUUGAAGAGUAAAUUGAUUUUUUAAAUGCUUUAAAUUCUUAAGACCAAUUAAAAAAAACAAAACUUAAUUUAGAGCUCUACACUGUAGAGUUGAAAUGCGUGAAUUAUUCUGUUAAGAAAUAAUUGUUCAUUUAUAUUUUUAUUUUAGAUUGUACGGACCUUGGAAUGGAUAAGCAUUACCCAGCUGACUUUCUGGGCAUCCUUCUAGUAGGAAGAACUGGUGAUGGGAAAAGUUCCUCUGGAAAUACGAUCCUUCAAUCAAACCAUUUUGGAACGUCUUGUAGUGUUGACUCAGGAACGACGAGCGCAGAAUGUGGUUGUUCUUGGUUUGAAGAUAAGUUCCUUAAAGUAGUUGACUGUCCUGGUCUUGGAGACACAAGAUUAAACGAUAUGGACGAUGUAAACCAAUUUAUCGAUUCAAUUAAUACAGCACUAACAUAUAAUCCUAAAGGAUAUCACGCCAUGCUUUAUGUUAUUAAGUUUGGCAACAGAUUCACUAGGGAAUAUGAUUUAAAUGUGCAAAUUCUGAAAAGAGUUCUUGGUGAUAAGUUUAUAAAAAAUCAUUGCAUUAUUUUAAUGACUUUUGGAGAUUGUUUUGAGAUGUUCCAUGAAGGAAAAAUAAAUUUUUCGUUUGAAACCUGGGUAGAAAAACAAGAAAAUGAAUAUUUUUGUAAGCUGUUAAAGGAAUGCAAUCAAAGAAUAGUUCUUUUUAACAAUAGAACAAAUGAUUUUGAAAAGAAAAGAGCUCAAAUAAGAAAACUAUUGAAUAUCAUUGUUGAAAUAUCUGAACAAGGAAAGCUUUAUACAAAUGAGGAUUUUGAAAAAGUGGAGGCUAAACGACAAGAACUUUUGGCUGACUUACGUAAGGAUAAGUACAAACAAUAAGUCAUCAAUUAUUUUGAAGCAUUCAUUUGUAAACUGAAAGAAGCAACUGAUGAUGGUGAGAGUGCUGUCAGUGUGUUGAAAGUAAUUCAGGAGAUAGAAAUAUUGUUUAUGUCGGUUCAAACAAAAUUUUUAACAAAUAAAAAGCUAGAAAGGCCCUAAGAACUAUUUCAAAUAUCCAUCAGGCCUUGCAGGGGAAACAAAAGCAAAUAAGUAACAGUAUAAAGUUUUUUGCUGAGCUAUACAAGAUAAAAGCUACGAGGGAUCAGAAAAUGAAGGAAUUUAAAUUUUGCCAGAAUUAAUAUCUGCUAAAGACGAAUAUUCUAAUCACGCUACUUCGACCAAACAGAAGGCAAAUGAAAAAUAAAGACAAAUCAUCAUAUCCAAGAAAAACAAAUAAAAAUAUUUGAUAUAGAAAAAGAAAUGCGCAAUUUUGAAUACGCUCUCAAGAGACGAGAGAGAAAGAUAUGUUAGAAACAGGGGAGAAAAUUGGUCAAUUUGAGAAGAAAUAUAUUUAUGUAAAAACACAGUGAACAAAAUAGUAUGUUUCAACAUCUAAAUAAUAUUGACUUAAGUAUAAAUCCUUUCAGAAAAUGUUUUGAUAUGAUAUCUGAAUUAUAGAGUCGUUAGGUGUUUUAAAAAAAAAUAAUUUCAACUGUUUCUUGCUUGCAAUUUUUAAAAUAUUUUAAACAACGAUAAUAAAUAAACUUUAAAAAUUAAGUCGUAAAAUCAUUGCAAUUAUCAUGAUUACUAAUGUUACAAUUAUUACUUAAUAUAAAUUAUGAAAAUCAAAAUAUAUGCAUAAUUUAUUUAUCUUCCACAAAGACUAUAGCCUUAUGUAACGUGUUAAAUGAUCAAACUCUUAAGGUGUGUGUUUGCUUUGGAUGUUAAAUUUUAAAAACAACAAAAAUAAUAUUUUGGAUGUUUUAUUGAGACCCCACCAUACGCGUUACAAACGAAUGAAAUGUAAACAUUAUAUACAAUGAGCCGGUUAUUUAUAGAGGAUAUAUCACAACGAUUUUAUUUUAUUUUGUUGUUGAGACUUCUAUCAUGCUAUGGGUAUUUAUAUGAAGUGAAACAAAUUUAAAAUAGUUAUUUUAUCAAUUUUUUGCCAAAAUAUCCAACAACUAAAAAUGUCCCUAAAACUAUUAAUAACACUUUAUUAGCCUACAACUUUGCAAUCUGACAACAUUUUUAAACGAAUUAUGUUUUUGACUUGUUUAUGAAAUAUUGUGUGUAGCUGGAAAGUUCAUGAUUUUCGUUAUUUUAUUAUUUUACUAUUCAGAAUAUUUAACUCCUUUAUAUUACUUAUAUGUUUAUGCUUGAAGUUAAAAUAAUCUAUGACUUAUCGAUGUACAAAGUGGUUUGCGUAGAAAACGUAAGGGUUUAAAAGAAACAAAGGAUUAGGAGACGGAAGGGGGUAGCCACAUGCAUGUUGAUUUUAGAAAGGAUGUAAUAAAUAUUUAUUUUAUUACUGUAAAUGCCCUUUGCCACUCAUAUGUUGCAUAUGGUAAGAGCCUGUGGAUAAGCAAGGAGAUCCUAUUCUUCGUGUGAAUACGUUGUGAUUACUUUUAAUAAUUUGAAUAUAAAUUUGAACAUGUUUAAAGGUGUAUGUAAAUAUUCUAACACUGUGCUUAUACACAAUUCUUCACAUAAAUAUAAUAUUUUAAACCUUAAAAAGUAAUAAAUAAUUUCUUCACACCACAACGUCUACAAUACAUUAGAAAUGAAAAAUGAUUUGUUAACUUUUAUAUUGUACACCACUUAGUUUAGUUAAGUGAUAUUGAAAAGAGCACCUGAUUUAUUUUUGAAUAUCUGAGUUAAAGCAGACCAUCGAUACCUAUUGAUGUUUGUGGAACGAAUAUGAAAAUAAGUUUGUUAUCUAAUAAAAUAAUAUAAAAAAUUAUUGCAAAACACAAAAUAUGCAGCUGUACGUAGGUGAAAUAUUUAAUAUAAUGAUUUUCGAAUUUAUAAAUUUGUGUUUACUGUGCUACUUGAAUUAAUAUGAACAGAUUAACAUUUGUUGGUGUUUUAAUUUAUUCUUUUUUAUUGUAGCAGUUAGAAACAUGUUUUAAAGUAUUAAAUAACUUUUGAAUGUAUUUAAAAAAUCUUAAAUUGGGAGAUUUAUAUUGAACAAUUUUUUACAUACAUUCUGUUUAACAUACUGUUAUGUAGGACUUUCCCCGUGCCGUGAACUCUGGCUGACCACAGAUUGGACUGCUUUCGUGUUGGGCGUGGCCUAUUUUCUUUUGAUCUGUCAUGUUUACUGCCGACAUCAAUUAAACAUAUAGCAUGUUCCUCUUGAAUCGAAUCGGGUACCUAAUUGUAGUAAAUUACAGAGUUUGGAGAAUAUUCGAGUCAUAACAACAAUGUAUAAUCUGCCCCCGAAUCUUCUUAGAAACAGGCGAUAACAACAUAUAUAAGCGAUUGACUUGGACAGAGAUUAACGGAGAUUGAUAGAGAGAUAUUUUUAACUUCACGAGACGAGUGUAUUAUUCUUUGUGUUUAUUCGCAUUCAUUGCUGUACAUUAUUUAUGUCGCACAUUGUACUAAAUGUGUACCGGUACAAAACAUUCCCAUACUCUGUAAGUUGAUGCUUUGUAAUUAUAUUUCUUUCGUUUUUUAAUUAUGUUAAUACUUAUCCCUUAAAUAAAUCUUAUUAAUUGUAAUUCGUACUGUUUUUGAGUGUCGUAUCUUUACUUUUGUAUUCCUCUUUGUUAUCGUCCAAUGCUGUGGACUGUUUGAACGAGCCAUAACUUAAAACAAGAGAUUAAUUUCUCACAAUAGAAGCAAGUGCGUAACAAUACCUGGAAACUGAAAACCUAUUGAUGUAUAAUGUGUAAAUUAAAACACUAACAAAUGAUUAAACAUUCGCAUUCCCUUAUUAAUCAAAGUUACCAAACUGGCAAGAGAUGAAUAUAACGUUUCCAUAAAAUUACCGAACAGGAUUCUUUAUAUCUUACGAUCAUUUCAGACUAGACUAUUACCAUCAUAACUUUUCAAUUCUUAAAAAAAAAAAAACUGGGAUGUUUGAAAAAAAAUAUCCUUAAAUUAUUUUGAGAAAACCAGGAUAUGGUUUAUAAAACACUUGUUUCCUACAUUCUAAGUAACAAUUUUGUGUAUUUGUUUCCGUUUCCUUUUAUUUGAUUGUUUUUUAGGAGACAUCAGAAUUGACUGAACGAAAUUAAUAUUAAAACAUGAUACUUUUCUCUACAGCUUCAAGUUCAGCUGUUAUAUUAUCGUAUAUGCUGUUAAAUUGUUUUAAUUCAAAUCACAAUUGUUAUUAUCAUUAAUAUGUUAAUUAUUGCCUACCUAGACUGUGGAUCCAACUAUUUCAAAUUAUUUGCC